UUCACUCAUCCUUGAGUCUGUCCAUCCUUGAGCCAGGCAUCCCGAUUAGCCGGCACACGAGAACGCACGCCGGGGAGGAGAUGAAGAAGCAUCCCCUUUUGCUGCUGCUGCUGGGACUGCCGCUGAUGCUGCUGUUUCUGCUGCUGCUGCCAUCACCUGCAUUCUCACAAAGAACCAGAAACUCAGGGAGGGUGCUCAUCAUUUGGGCAAGGAAGGUGAGAAGGCAAAGCCAAGGCUGGGGCCGCUGGGGAGAGUGGAGCCGAUGCAGCAGGACCUGCGGUGGGGGUGUCAGUUUCCAGGAGCGACAUUGCUACUCCCAGAGGAGAGAUGGAGGCACCAGCUGUAUUGGACCCACCCGAAAUUAUCGUUCAUGCAACAUUGAGAGCUGUCCUCAGGGCACCCAGGAUUUCCGAGCAGAGCAGUGUGCAGAAUUUGAUGGCAAGAAAUUCCAAGGAAAGAGAUACAAGUGGUUUCCAUAUUAUGGAGCUGCCAACAAAUGUGAGCUGAACUGUAUCCCCAAGGGGGAGAACUUCUACUACAGACACAAGGAGGCAGUGAUGGACGGGACCCUGUGUGAGCCGGGCAAACUGGAUGUGUGUGUGCAGGGCACUUGUCAGGCUGUUGGCUGUGACCACAUGCUCUACUCAUCUAAGAAAGAAGAUAAGUGCCUACAGUGUGGGGGUGACGGCCGGUCUUGUUAUCCAGUCAAAGGCAUUUUUGAUGCCAAUGACCUCAGCAAAGGUUACAACCAGAUUUUGGUCAUUCCUGCAGGAGCUACCAGUAUCCAUAUUGCGGAAGCCACAGCCAGCAGGAAUUUCCUGGCAGUGAAAAAUGUGCGGGGGCAGUACUACCUGAAUGGCCACUGGACGAUUGAGUUUGGUCGGGCCCUGCCAGUGGCCAGCACCAUCCUUCAGUAUGAACGAGGGUCUGAGGGGGACCUAGCACCCGAACACCUGCACGCCCGGGGCCCUACCUCCGAGCCCCUGGUCAUUGAGCUUAUCAGCCAGGAGCCCAACCCAGGGGUGCAGUAUGAGUACUACCUGCCCCAGCAGCCCCUGGACACUGGCUUCAGCUGGAAUCAUGGCUCCUGGAGUGACUGCACUGCAGAAUGUGGAGGAGGUUAUCAGACCCGCCUGGUAUUCUGCACCAUUGACAAUGAGGUUUACCCUGAUCACAUGUGCCAGCAUAAGCCCCAGCCAUCUGACAAUCGCACUUGCAACCUUCAGGCCUGCCCACAAACCAAGCGGAUCUCAUACCUCCACCCGCCGGGAGUGUGGAGCCAUGGCCGAGCCCGAGGCAUGUGUGGGAAAAGCUGGAAGGCUGGGCCAUGGAGUGCCUGCUCAGCCCCAUGUGGAGGAGGUUCCCAGUCCCGUCAUGUCUACUGUGUUGCAUCUGAUGGGGCAGGUGCAGAGGAGGCAACAGAUGAAGCUUCAUGUGCAGCCCUGCCAGCGAGGCCUCCAAACACACGGUCCUGCAACAUGCACAGAUGUGCAGCAUGGAGUUCGGGGCCCUGGGGAGAGUGCUCCUCCAGCUGUGGCCCAGGGGUUCGGAGCCGGACUGUCACCUGUUGGGGUGAUGAAGGCUCUCCCCUCCAGGAUUUUGCCUGCUCCUCAGUGGACAAGCCUCCCCUGACUGAGGCCUGUAUGGGAGAGAACUGCCCUCUUCAGGAACCUGGCUGGCAUAUUGGUGACUGGGGGCUGUGCUCUAAGAGCUGUGAUUCAGGCAUCCGGAAACGGCAAGUCAUUUGUGCUGACAGGGAAUCCAAUGUCUAUAACUCCAACCUCUGCCAGGCUCGCCAGCCCCAGAUGCCAGAGGAAGUGGAAGCUUGUAACACACAGUCCUGCCACCUGCCUCAAGAGGUCCCUAGCAUGCAGGAUGACACCAGUCGCCAGGACCCGUUGGCCUACUUGGACCCUCUGGAAAAUCCUUCCCAAGGUACCAGGGAGGAAUGGCGGAUACACAGGAACCAGCCCACAUCUGGACAUACCCCUGAGGGAGACAGGGGCUCUAACCUGUUGCCUCAACACUGGGAGUCCGGCUGGAGUAUCUCCAGAUCUCAGCAGCACCGCCACCAGGAAGACCCCGUUGUGAGGUCACAGUCUCAUGACUGCAGCCGCAGUCUCCACGGGUGCUGCCCAGAUGGCUAUACGGUGGCGCUUGGCCCCUCAGGGCAUGGCUGUCCCAGGAUCUCGUGUCAGCAGAACAGGUAUGGAUGCUGCCCUGAUGGAGUCUCGUCAGCCCUGGGCCCGAACCUCGCAGGCUGCCCACUGUCCUCCGGGAGCAGACAUGGGCCCAGAGCAGCCUCCUCUACGGCUGGGCAAACUGAGCCUCAGCCAAAUCCCUCUGUGGAGUGCCGAAGAUCCCAGUAUGGCUGCUGCUAUGACAACGUGGCUUCCAGCGCAGGCCCCCAGGGAGAAGGGUGCAAAGGCAGGCCCAACUAUCCGUACCCAGUCCGGUGCCUGCUGCCCAGCGCCCACGGCUCCUGUGAGGACUGGACCCCACGCUGGUACUUCGUUCCCGCUGUGGGCAAGUGCAACCGCUUCUGGUACGGGGGUUGCCACGGCAACAGGAACCACUUCCUCUCCGAAGAGGAGUGCGUGAAAAGCUGCCAAGAGGGGGCUGACGACAGUGCCCCAGGACCCCUUGCUCACGGGGCGGAGCAGGGAUGGGCGUCUCCCUCCCAGAGGGAGGCAGGCACACUUGUGGGGCCCGGCCAGCCCAGGCAAGGGCCUUCCGGCUACAGCCGAGGAGGAGGCCCUGGGGGCCGCCACGAGGCCUCUCGCCACGGCCAGUCAUCCAGAAAUGAUGGCCAGAGCAGGACGGGGGUGAGUUGGGGUCUACACCAUACAGACACGUCCCAGGGAAGGCCUUCUCUUUCAUCCGGCUCUUCAAGGCUAGAGCAAGGGGGACAGUACUUGAGGCAAGAUGAGACUCAACUGCCCAGAACCUCUGAGAAGGAACCCUGGAAGAGUCAACAUACAGGACACCAGGACCAGGAGGUCAGGCCGAGUGCAUUUGGGCCAGGAGAAGACAUUAGGCAACUACGCUUCCAGGUUCCUUCUCACAGGAUUGUCUUGGACAAGACAGAAUAUUCUGGGGUUCAGGUCACUCUGGGGCAGAUGGUUCGGUUCUUCUGUAUGGCAGGUGCCAGCCCUGAUGUGAAAUGGCAGAAAAACGGGAAGCCCAUCAGAUCAUCAGAUAGGUACCGUCAGCAGCCAGAUGGCUCCUUGCUCAUCAAUUCAGUGAGUGAAGAUGACGCUGGCACCUACACCUGCAGUAGUUCUACUGGAGGCCAGGAGAGCAGUCGCCACGUUCAACUCUGGAUCACAGGGGACGAUAGGGAAGCGCCUGCAGAGGCUGAGAGGAAUCUCCCUCGGAUCCAGGACCACCGACACCUAGAUUUUGGCAUGGAAGGAGGUGGGCAGGGUCAGAGGCUCAGCUCCCACAGGCCCCAUCAGCCAGGGUCCAGGUUGAGCUUUGACAGGAAUCAGCCAGGAGUGGUGGAUGUCAGUGUGGGUCAGCGAGUCCAACUGCCCUGUCGAACAUUUGGCUACCCUCCCCCAAUCAUUGAGUGGCAGAAGGAUGGACAGCCUCUCCCUUCUCCCAGACACCAACAGCAGCCAGAUGGCUCCCUGGUCAUCAGUCGUGCUGCUAUGGAGGAUGGUGGCUUCUACACCUGCAUUGCUUUCAAUGGACGAGAAAGAGACCAGCGCUGGGUCCAGCUCAGAAUUCUGGGAGAGUUGAAGAUUAUAGGACUACAACCCUUGGUUACAGUGCCUGAGGGAGAAGACGCCCAGCUCCAUUGUGUGGUGAUAGGAGACAAUGUGAAUGUGAGAUGGUCCAGCUGUGGAACCGCCCAGGGACCCUGGCAGGGAGUGCAUUGACCAGCCAGAGCUCGCCAAUUGUGACUUGAUCCUGCAAGCCCAGCUUUGUGGCAAUGAAUACUACUCCAGCUUCUGUUGUGCCAGCUGUUCCCGCUACCAGCCCCAUGCCCGUCCUGUCUGGCAACAGGGAUGAAAGCUGUCUCCUGCCCUCACUCCCAAACACUGUGGCUGGGGAGAAGGAAGACAUGCCAACCAGAGUGGGGUGGGCAGAAGGUAAACACAACUGUCCGCUCUAUAGCAGACUGUCCUUUCUAAAAACCCAUCCGUUGUAAAGCUACUGUAGCAUCAGCAGCUGGGAUAAGCUCCUGCCCUAAUCACCUGUGCUUUCUUUGUUUGCUCUUCAGACACAAUCAUGUCAUUUUGUAAUGAGAUUGCUUAGAUGAAAAUGGAAGCCUGCUAUUUCCCACAGCAAGCUCUAGGGGACAGGACUACUACAUGGUAUUUUGAUUAUUUUUUUGGAAGAAAGUUUCUGCUGCUCUCAAUGACCUACAUUACUAAUGCUGGCUGAGUUAACACACAUCUUGUAUAAGGAUCAAUAACUCUGCUGCAUCUGAACCAUAGCUAGCUUGGGCCUAACCUUUCUUUGAGGCCACGUCUGACACUGAUCUGAGCUUUUUCCACAGCCCUAAUGCUCUGCAGCCUAGAUGGCUUCCGAUAUCAUACAAACUCAUCUUAAAGCCUUCUCUGAAGAGAUAGGGUUUGAAUCUGUUUCUCCCCUUUGGAACAUGGACCUUGUAGCCUUGAUCAUGAGGGGGGAUUCAUUCUGCAUCUGCCUUUCCUGCUGACGGUCAUCUCACACAGAUCCAGGUUAAACUGCUCCAAUAAACCCAAAGCUGUCCCAUACCCUAAGGAUGCAAAGAAGACCAGAACCAAAUAAAGCAGGAAUCUCCAAAGUAACUGUGUUCGAAACACUGAACCACAAAAUUAACAGAGCACCAGGCGUUAACAGAAGGCUGAGCACAGCUGCCUCGACUAUGUGGCUAACUCCCAUGUAGGAUUGGCAGAACACCUGGAAUCUUGUCUCCAAAUGGAAACACAAGCCCUGGAUGUGGUGUGGCUUUGAAAAAGAUGGCUCUCAUCUGGGACAGCAUCUUCCUCCGUUACCAUAGCUGGGCACUGGUUAGAAAUGGAACCAACUGCAUCAUGGGUGACUAUUUCUCAGUCUACCUUCCUUCCUUUUGUCAUUCCAGGGAGAACACAGUCUGUGGGGAAGAUUUUCUUACUUUGAUAAUAUUAACUGUUAGGAACUGUAUUAUCACGAUUUCUUUUUACUUGUCACAGAUUCUACAGAUACUGGAAAAUAAAGUCCAUUUUCUUACACUUA